AUGGAAUUGGACGAAUGUUUGGAAAGACUAUACAAAGCCCAGUUGCUUCCUGAAGUGACUGUAAGGGCACUCUGCUUUAAGUUGAAGGAGAUGCUAGUGAAGGAGUCAAAUGUGAUUCAUAUUCAGACCCCUGUCACGGUAGUUGGGGAUAUGCAUGGACAGUUUCACGACAUGCUGGAGAUCUUCCAGAUAGGUGGGCCUGUUCCUGACACGAACUAUCUGUUCUUGGGCGACUACGUAGAUAGAGGGUUGUACAGCGUGGAAACAAUCAUGUUAUUAAUUGUUCUUAAGCUUCGAUAUCCUAGUAGAAUUCAUCUAUUGAGGGGAAACCACGAGUCCCGUCAAAUCACACAGAGCUAUGGGUUCUACACGGAGUGUCUGAACAAGUACGGUGGUAAUUCAAGAGUUUGGCAAUAUUUAACUGAUAUCUUUGACUACCUAGUGCUAUGCUGUAUUAUCGACGGCGAAAUUUUUUGUGUUCACGGUGGGUUAUCACCCAAUGUUCAAACCAUAGAUCAGAUCAAGAUAAUUGAUAGAUUUCGAGAAAUCCCACAUGAUGGUGCCAUGGCAGACCUGGUUUGGUCCGACCCGGAGGAAAACAAUAAUCCUACAUUAGAUCAUCCAGAUAAUUCUGGACAACAUUUCCAAGUGUCCCCUCGUGGAGCAGGUUACACUUUCGGUAGAAGUGUGGUGGAGAAAUUCCUGCGUAUGAAUGAUAUGAACAGAAUAUACAGGGCCCAUCAGUUGUGUAAUGAAGGUUAUCAAAUAUACUUCGACGGAUUGGUUACUACUGUGUGGUCAGCGCCAAACUAUUGCUAUCGAUGCGGCAAUAAAGCAUCUAUUUUGGAGCUAUAUAGUAAAGAUCAAUUCUACUUCAACGUCUUCGAGGAGGCUCCUGAAAAUAAACUGCUGAAAGAAAACAGCCUUAACGACAAUUCCUCAGAAGACAUCAUCUCUAAUCCGGUAGUCAACAGGAAAUUAAUUGCUGAUUAUUUCGAAGACGACUCUGCUUCCACCGAUGGCUCCGCAGACCCUGAAAUGUACAUGUUUUCAGAUGUAUACCAAGCCAGAUCAGCUUCUAAUAGACACGUUGAUUACUUCUUAUAG